GUGCCAGAGAAUUCCGGAGACUUUCCACAUGUGAAAAAAACAUGGGGACACUAUUUAGAUGUUUUUUAUCUAGCUAGUAUUUGUUCUUCGGUCAGCACCAAGAAAUAACAAUCUUUAGCGUUUUCUGCGAUUGACUUAACAUAUUAUCUUAACCUGAAUUCAACAUUUGUCGCGCUAGCAAACUUUUCAGCUCUCAAGUUAGGCAGCUAAUUUAAAUUAGCCACCUUGGUAACAUCUAGCUAGCUAGGUAAGUUAGCUAUCUAUCAUGGAUAACUCGGACGAAAAUUCGGUACAAUUCCACGGGGAUGAAGAGAUUAUAGAAGUCAUCGACCUUAACGAAACAGAGCAAAACCCAGAUGAUUUGGCGGAUGAGUUCGAGGACGUGGACGUCGGAGAGACUGAGGACGGAGACGAUAAACAGGAAGACUGGGAUACCGACGACGAGAUGGAGCAGGAAAAGGAACAAGAUGACAGCGAACUCACCUUUUCCAAACACACGGGCUCCGUGUUCUGUGUGAGUCUGGACCCAGCCACAAACAGCUUGGCUGUGACCGGAGGAGAGGACGACAAGGCCUAUGUCUGGAGAGUGAGUGACGGGGAAGUGCUGUUUGAAUGUACAGGCCAUAAGGACUCCGUGACGAGUGUUUUAUUCAGCCAUGAUUCUUCCCUGGUGGCCACGGGGGACAUGAGCGGGCUGAUCAAGGUCUGGAAGGUGGAGACCAAGCAGGAGGUGUGGUCCUUCGAGGUGGGAGACCUGGAGUGGAUGGAGUGGCACCCCUGCGCCCCGGUGCUGCUGGCGGGCAUGGCGGACGGUAACGUUUGGAUGUGGAAGAUCCCAGGGGGUGACUGUAAGACCCUGCAGGGCCCCGGCUGCCAGUCGACCAGUGGAAAGGUCCUGCCAGACGGGAAGAGAGCUGUGGUGGGCUAUGAAGAUGGGAACGUACGACUUUGGGACCUCAAGCAGGGAAACGCCACCCAUGUGAUUAAAGGUCAUGAUGGACACCAGGGGGCGCUGACGUGCCUGGCCUGUAACAAGGACGGCUCUCUGGUGCUGACGGGCUCCGUGGACGGCCGUGCCAAGCUCAUCAACACUGCCACUGGCAAGGUGUUGGGCGUGUUCUCUGUGGACGGGGGCAAAGCCUCUCAGGAGGAUGCUGAGGAGACCAACUCGGUGGAGUCAGUGGGGUUCUGCAAUGUGUUGCCCCUGAUAGCGGUGGCGUAUCUGUAUGGGACCCUGGCUAUCUAUGACCUCUCCUCACAGGUCCUCAGGCACAAGUGUCAGCACCAGGCUGGCAUUGUUAAACUGCAGUGGGAGGAGUCAUCCUCUGUGGUGUCCACUUGUUGUCUGGACGGGGCGGUGAGGCUGUGGGAUGCCCGCUCGGGAACCAUGGUGUCAGAGUACCGCGGCCACCAGGCGGAGAUCCUCGACUUCACACUCAACAGAGAAGCCUCUAUGGCGGUCACUGCCUCUGGAGACCACCAGGCCAAAGUCUUCUGCCUCCAACGACCAGACCGUUAAUCAGAGGGAGAAAGAGUGAGAGAAAUGUGGAUGGACUCAACUCCGAUCGCGCUUUGUCCACAAUGCACCUUAAAGGCAAUGUUCCCGUUUUUGUGGAGUCUGUUUUAACGGUGGACACUGCAUAUAACGGCUCAAUCCAAAGUUGUCCUUUAAAUGGCGCAUUGUCAACAAAGCGCGAUCGGAUUGAAUCCCAGCCUUUCAUUGGGUUUUCUCACAACUGAGGGUUUUUGAACUGUCUUGUAUCGAUUGUGGUCUGUCUGAUCUAUAGUAGACCUGCAGUGUUCUAGAAGGUUCUAGAACUGCCAGCCAUUGUACUCAGGUUUCUCAAGUAGAACCCACACAAAAUAUAUUCAUUCUACGUGGUGUGGUAGUGUAGUUGUUGGAACACGUCAACCUGGAGGCAAUGAAGCAUCUAACAGUCGACCAAUGGGAUCCGUCGUGUGGUCUGUGAUUUAUCACUAAAUACACUUACAUCUACACCUUGGUGUUCACUGCGAUUUGGUUUGAUGACAAUUAUGAAUACACAAUAAGGUAAUGGAGCUACGUAGAGAUGGAGAUCUCGAUGUCCCCAUCAUUUCUGGUGAGUUGUGGAGUGUAAUCCUCACUUUCCCCCUAAAUCACCCCAAAUGAUGUAAACUCAACCUUCUGUAAAUACACUGCUCAAAAAAAUAAAGGGAACACUAAAAUAACACAUCCUAGAUCUGAAUGAAUGAAAUAUUCUUAUUAAAUACUUUUUUCUUUACAUAGUUGAAUGUUCUGAUAACAAAAUCACACAAAAAUGAUCAAUGUAAAUCAAAUGUAUCAACCCAUGGAGGUCUGGAUUUGGACACAGCAAACCUUCUUACCAUAGCUCGCAUUGAUGUGCCAUCCUGGAUGAGCUGCACUACCUGAGCCAGUUGUGUGGGUUGUAGAUUCCGUCUCAUGCUACCACUAGAGAGAGCACCGCCAGCAUUCAAAAGUGACCAAAACAUCAGCCAGGAAGCAUAGGAACUGAGAAGUGGUCUGUGGUCACCACCUGCAGAAUCACUCCUUUAUUGGGGGUGUCUUGCUAAUUGCCUAUAAUUUCUACCUUUUGUCUAUUCCAUUUGCACAACAGCAUGUGAAAUUUAUUGUCAAUCAGUGUUGCUUCCUAAGUGGACAGUUUGAUUUCACAGAAGUGUGAUUGACUUGGAGUUACAUUGUGUUGUUUAAGUGUUCCCUUUAUUUUUUUGAGCAGUGUAUAUUGGGCCCUGUUGAAAUGCUUUAGAAAUGCAUCUGUCUGUCCUUUUCUGAAGUAAUCACGAAUCUGAGUUAGUUGGAUUGGUGGAAGUAAUGUGAUAACUUUGCUUUCCCCUACUCCAUCACUGACCUUAAGGAAACAUGGAAGGAAGGGUCCAUCUCUGAAGUAUUGGGACAGAGCCAUGGGCUUUGUUCUGCUGUUUGUUGGAACCAUUUAAGACGUUUUCAACCCAAGUCUCUAGGUUGCAUCAGCUCUGCCUGAGAAGGCUUUGUGCAGACCGUCAUUGAGUCACAUAUUGUCUCUCAAAUGGCACUCUAUUCUCUAUAGUGGCCUUCUUUUGACUAGGGCUGUGGUCAAAAGUAGUGCACUAUAUAGGGAAUAGGGUGUGAUUUGUUACACAAUGUAGGGACCAGAACACUGCUGUGAUUAGAGUAUGAUAAGCAUACUACAGUCAACUGCAUCAUCAGGAGAUGCCCUAAUUUGUUGUUGUAAGCUUGGAUCUGUGAGCUUGAUCUAAUGCAUUCAGCCACGCUACAGGGUGGCCGAGCCAAAAUAGCUUCUAGGCUAAUCUAACAUUAUACAGAUAUGACUCAGAUACAGUGCAUCUGGAAAGUAUUCAGACCCCUUGGCCGUUUCCACAUUUUGUUACGUUACAGCCCUUAUUCAAAAAUGUAUUAAAUAAAAAAUGUUCCUCAAUCUACACACAAUACCCCAUAAUGACAAAGCGAAAACAUUUUUUUUUGUUUUUUUGUGCAAAUGUAUUAAAAUAAAAACUGAUACCGUA